AUGGCGACUUCGAUAUUCUGGGUCCUGGUGGUGCUGCUGCUGAGCUUGACUGUCCAGGCCAAGCCAGAGAACGACGACGAUCUUUACUCGUUUGUCACGCUCCCCGGCAUCAGAGCAGUCAAGUACAAGGUCGAGUACCACGGCGAUGGCCGCGACCGCGUCAGUCCGGGCCAUAUCUUCGUUGCGCCGUAUGGCCAGCUCACCCCAGAGCCCCCGACCAAGCAGUAUCUGCCCGACCAGGUUGGCCCGUGUAUCUACGACGACAAUGGAGUCCUCGUCUGGGCCGGCGCUGCCAUGUUCGACAACCGCAACACCUUCGACUUCAGAGCCGUCCACAGUAUCGAUGGUGGCGACCAUCUCUCGUUUGUCGUCGGCCUCGAGUUCGAUGGGUCUGAUGCGGGAUUCGGUGUCGUGCUGAACAACAAGUUCGAGGUCGCGCAUAAAAUUCCCAUGCGCUCUGAUCUCGGCGCCUUUGAUAUCCACGAGUUCAACAUCCUGGACGAUGGCAAGACGGCCUUGUCUAUCAACUACCGCUCGCAUACCAAGGUGUUGGAGGAGUUUGGGCGACCGAGCGAGGCGUCGUACGUGUUGUCUGGAGGAUUCGCGCAGAUCGACCUGCCUACUGGCGAGAUCACUCACGUCUGGGACUCGUUCGACCAGAUCGCUCUCUCUGACUCUGUACAUGUCCACCCAGACACUCCAGCAUCGGCUCCCCCCGGCUGGGACUACAUGCACCCCAACUCCAUCGACGUCAACGAGGCCGGCGACUACCUCAUGUCCAUGCGCUUCACCAACACCAUCUACCUGAUCUCGCCAGACGGACACAUCAUCUGGCGUCUCGGCGGCGCGCACUCCGACUUCAAGCAGGACUUUAUAUUCUCCAAGCAGCACGACGCCAAAUUCAUCCACUCCAACGGCACGCACCACACAAUCUCGUUCCUCAACAACGCCUCCGACGAAGAAUCCAACGACGAGCCGGUCUCCUCCUGCCUCUUCGUCGACAUCGACUCCGAAGCCAUGACCGCCACCGUCGUCCGCCGCUACGACCGCCCCGACGGCGCCCUCACCCGCCUCCGCGGAAACGCCCAGCUCCUGCCCAACGACAACCUCCUGGCCGGCUGGUCCUCCGCAGGCUACUUCACCGAGUCCUCGCCCGAAGGCGACCUCCUCUUCAGCGGCUCGUUCGUCUCAGACCGCUACUCCACCUACCGCGCCUACAAGUUCGAAUUCACCGGCCGCCCGGCGAACCCGCCCGACCUGCUCGCCUUCGUCUGGGGCACAGACCCAGACCCAGUCACCUCGGACCUCACGACAACAAUCUACGUCUCCUGGAACGGGGCAACGGACGUCGCCGGCUGGAACUUCUACGCGCGCCCCGCCUACGAUUCAGACCGCGUUUUCAUCGGCAAUACCACCAAGACGGACUUCGAGACGAUGUAUAUCGUCCGUGGGUAUAUGAGCUGGAUCUCGGCGGAAGCCGUUGAUAAAGACGGGAAUAUCCUAGGCGAGUCGCUGAUCCAUCAAACCACCAUGCCAGCGCACUGGGAGAGCGCUGGGUUCAGGGGAACAAGUCUCGGUCGCCUUCUGCCCGACGAUCCCAACACUCUAUACUCAACCGAGAGCAGCAGUGACGGCGCGGCAGAGGCAGAGGCGGAUAAUGCGGGAACCAAAACGGAUCCACACAUGACGGCCCUUGCGGCACUGGUGCGCGAUCUGCAGGGCUCCGUGCAGCUUGUCCUCUUCCUGAUGGUGGUGUUUGUGCUGGCUUUACUUGCUGCUGGUGCUGGUGGGAUGUAUGCGUUCAUGCGACGGGGGAAGGGGCGGUAUACGCGUGUUCCUGGCAAGGAGGAGGAAGAGGUGCCGUUGGGCCGUAUGUAA